AUGCCAUCUAUGUCCGGAGAAAAAGUAGAUAAUAUAAUUGAAAGAGCCAUUUCAAUGGGUCUCAACUGCGAUGAGGAAACUUUUGAGAAGCUACGGCAAGUGCCUCUUCUUCAGUUGUGCCGCAUGAUGAGUAGAUAUCUUACAGAUGAGAAACAUAUUAUUGAAGCGCUUUUUGUUUUGAGCCUGGCCACAACAAGACGAAAAACUCUACUAGAUGAAGAGGCCGUCGUCGUACUGAAAUUUUUUUUAGAAAAGCUUUCCUCUUUGCAGACAAUUGAAACUUCCGUGGAAUGUAUUACGAGAGUUAUUGAAUAUUUGUCUUCCCAGCGGCCUUGUAGUAAGAUCGUUUUUACAGAGUUAGCUAAUGGUUUUCUACCCAAUGUUAGGUUACAGGCUUUGCCAACAAGAGUCCGGCGUAGUGGAUUUAAAAUCCUUAAAUACAUGGUUUCAGAGGCCACCGUGUCAUGGCUUACCACACCCGUUCUCUGUUUGCUUCUGGAAGCCAUGGACGAGGAAGGGGAGCCGGAACUUGUGUUGCAUAUGUUUGAGCUCUACUAUUUUUUGAGUUUUUUUGUUGAUAAAAAUAACAUUGUUCCUCUAAAGGAACAAUAUUUUGACAGUAUUUCUAGUUAUUUUCCAGUAGUAUUUUCCCGGCCACCAGGGUGCAGUGUGACACGAGAGGAAUUGAAACGAAGUCUUACUCGGUGUAUGACUUGCCCACUUUAUUUGGAUCCCUGCGUUUCAUUUACUUUGUCAAGGUUGUCGUCUCCGUCAUCUUUUGUGAAGCAGGAGUCCAUAGCCGUCCUUUUGGAAUUAUUUUCUCCUGAAUCGGCACACGACAUGAACGAUUUGAGUCCCCAUAUACUUCCCGUCGUAAGUCACGUACGGAAUGAAGUUAUUAAGGGUGUAUCUCUGGGUUUUAGUGAGGGGGACUCAUACAUACGAGAUUGUAUGAAUCUUUUGAGUUUUAUUGGCAAAAGAUCUCAUGGGGUUUUAUCCCCAGUCAUAGCUUCCUGGAUAGAACCAGCAAUUAGUGGUGCUUUAACAAGUUUGAAUUCUGGAAGUGCAACAUGUUCUGCAUACGCUACCAUGUUUUACCAUUUAGCCCGCAGUGAUGCUUCUUGUGGUACUUCCCUUCUGUCUCAUUUUUUGCCGUUGCUAUUAAUGAAUUUGAACGAGAUUGAUGGUGGGAAAGAAAAUGCUUUUAUUAUUCUUUCAGCUGUUUUUACAGGCAUUUUAGAUCUGUGUACCACCGAUGAGGUGCACCAUGGAUUGUCGUCAACUCUGGAUGACGUGAAGAGAAGUCUGGAGUUGAGCUCCCCAGAAUUAUUCCGGCUUGUGGAAACCCUAUUACUGGCCCUAAAAAUGGCUGAAUCUUCCUCAAAGAUCAUCAUGUGUGAACUACUUUCAUCCCUAUUGAGUUUGGAUGUAUAUCUGCAUCCAUGGAUGCCUGUGGAGAGUGUUCAGUUGUCGUAUGAAAAUCUCUUGUUGAUUUCUUUACAGGGCAAUGAGGAAAUUCACAUUAAGGUUGCCCGAUGUAUUUCUCGUAUUGGUCAUCUUGAGGGGAAUGGUUUGAAUAAUGCUAUCGUUCAUUUACUUGAAAAAGAAACGAAGUUCAACGCUACUGGGAUUAUCACACUUUUUAAUGCUCUUUUGAUGUCUUCUGUUCCUGUCGCUCUUUUGGCCAUGGAACUUUUGUUAAAUCCUUUACGGUCUUUGGUUGAAUCACGGCUUUCUGAAUCAGAUGUGUUUUCUUUGUGCAGGCGUGCUCUUUCAGAAAAUGCAGACUUUUCAGAAGAAGAUAUUUUGCAUUUGUUGCAAAUCGUGGUUUUGAAAAAUUUGCCCGCGAGUUUGGAAUUUUUGUGUGAACUGCUUGUGCGUAUUUCUUUAUGUUCAAUUGAGAAAACGGUGCUGCAGAUGGUUGACGGAAAAAGGUGGAGCAUAUUGGUGAUCGCUCUGCUUUCUUCCUGUGACUCGGAUGUGCUUCAUGUUUCAGAGACCCUGGAGCACUGGGUAACGGAGAUGUUGAAUGCCGUUCAGGAAGAAGAAUUUCGACGCGUAACGAUACAAGGCGUGUCGGCAAUAUGCGCCCACGCGCCAAACGCUUUAGAGGGUUUCUUAACAAGGUCAAGAGGCCUAGAUCCAGAGCUUCAGCUUGCCGUGCAUGCAGCUGCAGCCCGUGGUCUAAUAAAGGCUGGCUUAGCAAUGGAUGGUGAGGUGAAGGGUAUAAUAUUAAGGUUACUGGACGCAAUUUGUAGUGGUGUAGACAUUGAUGAAGUUUUGACAGCCACUUUUUUCUCGCCAUCAUUGGGCUCGAAUAAAUGUGUUACCCUUCUUGUUCCCUUUAUUCAGGCCGUACGAACUAGCAACAUCCCUAUGCCAGAUAAAGUAUUGAAUGUUAUUCUUCAACUUCUUGGAAAAGAGGCAAUUGGUUUGGAGUUUGAUUGGAGUAGCAUUCUGGAAGUAUGCGAGAAUUUGGCACGACAGAAACCGUCCGAAGGUCAUGUUAUUGGCAUUUUGCAACUUUUGGAUUGUGUACUCCUUCGCAUAGACUCCAAAGUCUUUUUCAUGAAACGGAUUUUGACAAAUGAUGGUGCUCUCUUUCAGAUGUUGCUGAGUGCUGUGCGGUCUUCAGACCUACAGGCAAGAUGCACAGCCCUACGCCUGCUGUCGGAGGUAGCUAUGUUUGCCGUUCAGUUAACUGCCACGAAUAACGAGGAUGAAUUAAAUUAUAAAAGAAUCAUUGCAAGGGAGAAAGAAGGGGUACUGCAUCUAACACAGAUUUUGCUGGCUGAUCAUAAACGCGUGGUGCGUCGCGCUGCUGCCCAAUGCAGGCAUCAGUGGUAUAAAUUAAGGUAA